AUGGCCGCCAAGAAGCAGCUGGGUUACCGAGAUUGGGCCAUCCAUGUUAGGCAAACAAGGCGGCAUCGUGAAGGAAGUCAACCCCGGGCGGGCGACUGUGCCGCAGGGGCGCAGGACAAUAGGUCGACUCAGGCACCACCCAAAUACUCCUCCCUGGAGGUAGCAACAUUCAUCAAGCACGGAGGUCCAGUGGGACUGAAGCAACACAAGAGAGUCGGAGCCAUGGCCAAGAUGGCGGCGGCGGCGACCACGCGACACUGGCUGCUGGCCGUGAGUGCCAACAUCCUCGUGGCGACGAUCCUCGGCUUCACGAUCGACGCGGGCUUCCGGUUCGUCUCCACGGUGCACGUGGACGGCAAGAGCCCGCCGGACGUGCUGCAGUACUGCCAGUUCAUCGGGUUCUGCCGCUCCGUCGACAUCGAGCACUGCUUCUUCAGCGCGCAGGCCAUGACCAUCGUGCUGGCCGUCGGCAGCAUCAUGGUGCUCGAGUUCGCGCUCUGGGCGUUUGCGCAGUGCUUCGCCUUCUCCAGCGCGCGGGACGGGACCAUGCUGGGCCAGCCGCCGCCGAGCAGCGGCGUCUCCUCGACCCUGCUCACGGCGACUCUCUAUGUGGUUGGCUGCGCGUCGACGCUCGCGCUCUUCGCGCCGCACAAGACGACCUUCGAGGUGCAGAACCCGGUGGCGUCCUUCCCGACGACGCAGUAUGCCGGCGUGGCGCAUCUCAACGCCCUAGAGUCCCACCCGUGGCUCCGGACGGACGAGGUUGUCAACUCGCUGCUGGAGUUCUACGUGCAGAGCGCGGGGAACAUGGACGAAGCGUUCAGCACGGCCAUGAAGUCGACCGUAGUGGAGGACGAGGCCGCCGUCUACCAGCGCUAUGCCGAGUCGGUUAAGCAACCCAUGACGGUACGGGUCGGUGAUACAAUGUUUCCGUCCAUCAGGACCCUGGGCAUCGGCGUGAACAUGGCGUCGUUCGGCGAUUACUUCCUCUCAGAGUACGGUAGAAACUCCAGUCUCGGGUCCUAUCAGCGAAAGGGGCAGGAGUGGCUGGUCGCGCCAGACUACAAGCUACAGAGCCUGAGGGCUACGGUCUACGGCACUAAUGUCUCGGCCCGAUGUCAAGACGUGACAGACAGCUUCACAAUUCGUUAUUCCACAGGCGAGCUGGUGCUUGAUGAACAAAGGGGUGAAGUAGCCGCGCCGCUUCCCGAUGAGCCUUUCUUUCGCUUAAAUGGUUUCGAGCGAUUCGACUUUACGAGCAGCAACCUUACUAAGAGUGUCAUCCACCAGUACCAGCAAAGACGCCGUCUGACGCCAGUGUUACCAAGGCCUUCCCUUUUUGGUGUUGAGAACAUGUCUACGGCCGUGCAUUUCAUCAUUACAGACACCGAACUCAGCUCCCCGCAUCCUAGGAGUAAGAAGUGGGACGCAACAGUCCUUCGUUGUGAUUACGAGGGCCACGAGAUCUUGGCCGAUGUCUCGUUCAGCGGGGCGGGUGGUGCACUGCUGGUCGAGAGGGUCGAAAGAGGUCGUGAGCUCGGCCAUGCCGAACUGUUGACGGCCAGCUAUCUGGGCAUAUAUCCUGUGCUGCAGAACAGCCCCCGACUCCAUUCUCUGCUGAACCAGGUGCGAGGCAAGAAUUACUGGAACUUAUACAAUGGAGUGUCUUCAACGCUCAGAGGUUGGGACCAGCUACUGAUUGAGGAUACGCUGACCGAUCUGGCCCAAGCGUAUUGGACUCUCGUACGCCAGCAACUGGAGACGGCUGUUGGUGCUGGCGCAUUCAUGGGCAUACCGCAAGCAGGCCAGGAGAUGGAGAGGGGACAGCUGAAGGGCACCUAUACGCGGGUGGGCGGAGCAGCAUGGGGCCUCAUCUUCCCGGUCUUGCUGGCGAUUCUUCCCGCCUUUGCCACAAGCCAUCUCGUGUUCUCCAUGGUUCGCACCAUGGUCACCAAUUGGCCCGCUCGUGCCGGGGUAUGGCGACGGGUGCCCCAGACCGACGAAGAUGAGGAGGUCUAUCUACCUGACGAGGUGUAUCUGCCUCCCCUGCCUCCUCCGAAGGAUGAUGACGACGUGCCCCCGCCCCCCUAUUCAGCACGGUCGGACGGUUCGCAGUCGUGA